CAAACUCAUGCAUUGUUUAUUUACAAUAAUUGUUUAAAUCGAGCCGCUAGUGCAAUAAUGAAUGAAAACCACAAACAUUUAAUUGAUGUAAAAUUACCUACAGAAGAUGCAAAAAACACCAUAAGAAGUGCACUUAUUGGCAUUCCUAAAUUAUUUUUAAGUAAGAUCCAAUCUAAGCAAAUCGAAAAAGCGAGAGGAUUAAUGAUGAGGUCAGUCAGUCAAUUAAAUAAAGAUAAAAUGAUAAUUAGAUUACCAGACAUUGCUCGGAGAAUACGAACUUACUUUGUACAACUUCAAAGAAAUGUCAUGCCACUAAAAAAAGUUAUUGACCAAUUAAAGCAAAGUUACCCUGAGGCUAUGACAGACAAUGAUUGGGAAACUCACAUAAAUCUUCUUCAAGAAAAAGUACCCCACUGGGCUGUAUUAAAAAUAGUAGAUGGAACUGAAUACAUUCGUGUUGAUAAAAAAAUUAAUUUUGAAGAAUGUGUGAUUAAAAAAUUAAAAAAUAAUUUUUUAUUAUGA